AUGUCUAUCAUCCCCUUCGACGAUAUCAUUGAGAGGGUGAACAAGCUAAGACUGGGUUCGUCGAAGCACAUCAGUCUUCGCCCACCUGUAGUCGCAGAAAAAGCCGUUCACAUAGAGAAUUACCUUUCAAGAACCCACUUCAUCAAUACCGAACGCAUAAUAUUCUUCCGAUUUAGGGGUGUCGGGGCUGGUGAGAUAUCCUACGAGGUCGGCGGAGAAAUGCCGGUCGGUGAAUGUGCUGUGCUGCGAGAUCGACCAGCGCUACGUCUUGAUUCUCGUCUUGUAUGUAAAUAUGAAAUACUAUCUGUCAUAGGAAAGGGCAGCUUUUCACAGGUAAUGCGGGUGCAGCACCGAAUCUCGCGGAAAUACUUCGCUGUGAAACUCGUUUCAUCCGAUUGUGGUUCGGUGAACAAUGAACUUAACAUUCUUAGCCGUGUUUCACAUCCCUUCGUUAUACGACUAGAGGAGGUAUUCAAGUCAUCCUCAAAACUUUUCAUUGUUAUGGAAAUGGCUAGCGGAGGGGAAAUGUACGAGCGAGUGGUAUCCAAAGGCAGGUUAGAAAACCCCGAUUUUUUGAACACUCAUACUCAUCUAAAUAUUGAGAACUUGAAGGCACAGCCCACGUUGGUCGGAUGA